CGGGGCGCCGGAUGUCUCUACAGUCCAAACGGACCGCCGAGUCUGGACUUCACUUGGUCACUAAGAAACGGGGAACAGCCUGUAAAGUGAAGCGGAGCAACAAACCGAGCAGUGAUGCGACUGGCUGGCGGCGCUGCGCUCCGGCUCCGCAGGGCGGCGGAGGAGGAGGAGGGGGGGAAGGAGGAGCGUCCCGCUCCCCCGCCGCCCUCCCACCACCAGUUUGCCAGCAUGAAGAACAAGUUCUUUGAUGAGCUCACGCACCUGCCAAACCAUAAACUCAAAAUGCCCAUGUGGGCCGUGGGAGCCAUUGUGGUGGUGGUCCUGGCCCUGGUGGCUUGCAUGGGCUUCUGCAUCUACAAGAAGUGCAUUAACAAGGGCAAGAAGCCCAAGAAGGUCCGGGAGAGGAAGGCCGGGCGAGGACGGCGGAAGAAGGAGAAGGAAGGAGAGGAGGGGGAGGAGAAGAAGGAAGGAGAGGAAGGGAAAGAAGAAGAAGAGAAGGAGUUCUUUGGCAAGUUGGAGUAUUCGCUGGACUACAACUUCACUGACAACCAGCUGAUCGUGGGAAUCCUCCAGGCUCAGGACCUGGCUGCCAUGGACAUGGGCGGCACCUCCGACCCGUACGUCAAAGUCUUCAUGCUGCCUGACAAAAAGAAGAAGUUUGAGACCAAAGUCCAGCGUAAAAACCUGUGCCCCGUCUUCAACGAGACCUUCACCUUCAAGAUUCCCUACUCGGAGCUCGGGGGUCAGACUCUGGUCAUGCAGGUCUAUGACUUCGACCGCUUUGGGAAACACGAUCUCAUCGGUGACAUCAAGAUACCCAUGAACACCGUGGACCUGGGUCAGCCCAUUCAAGAAUGGAAGGAUCUGAUGGGAGGAGAGAAAGAGGAGCAAGAGAAACUGGGUGACAUCUGCAUUUCCCUUCGCUACGUCCCCACGGCUGGCAAGCUGACCGUCAACAUCAUGGAGGCCAAGAACCUGAAGAAGAUGGACGUGGGAGGACUGUCUGAUCCGUUCGUCAAAGUUGUUCUGCAGCACAAUGGGAAGCGACUGAAGAAGAAGAAGACGUCGGUGAAGCAGAACACGCUGAACCCGUACUUCAACGAGAGCUUCAGCUUUGAGAUCCCUUUCUCCCAGAUCCAGAAAGUGCAGGUGCUGAUCACUGUGUACGACUACGACAAACUGGGCAGCAACGACCCCAUCGGCAAGUGCUGGAUCGGCUACGGGGCUUCGGGCGUCGGGCUGCGUCACUGGUCCGACAUGUUGGCCAACCCCAGACGCCCUGUGGCGCAGUGGCACACGCUGCAGCCAGAAGAGGAGGUGGACGCUGCCCUCAAGGCUCCCAUCCGCUAACCUCCGAUCCCAGGAUCUCGAAAUCCAGACUCGCGUUGUUCAAGGCGGACCUUGUCCGGGGACAUCGGGACGUGCUUUUGAUCCAAAUUCCAUCUUCAAGAACAACAUGCUUUGGACGAGGGGUCAGCCAGCUCACGGAAGAGUUGUUGCAAACACAGCACGCGGAUUUAGCCGAAUAUAUCCCACCUUGAUUCCAUUCAAGGUAUUCAUGUCGAAAAUGUGUUCUUUUGUUUUCUGUGUCGUUGAUGUGUAAUUUUGGGAAGUGUGGUCUGGGAGGUCUUUAGUACGCAUGUGGGGUUGUUUCGACUGAAGGUCAGUGCUGCCCCCGGAGGACAGUUCUCUAACUUAAAGAAUGUGAAACUAUUCCAUGUGCUCAUGAAUCGCGUGUCUGCUUCACCCCUGUGUUCUUCGUUUGUCUUGUGUCUUGAUGUGUGUGUGUGUGUUUGUGUGAAAAUAAAAAUAAUA